AGAGACCCACUGAACAGAGAUGGCACACCGACAUAAGCAAAGAAAAAGGAAGACGAGGGAAAUUAAUGAUCUCUAAUGUUCUUCACAAAUGUAUGAUUUAGUCUAUGAUCAGAAGACAAGACAGACACAGACACAGGAAGAAGAACAGGGAAAGAAGGAUAGAUAUUUGGGAAAACAUAAGCACAGCUAGAAACAGCGGCAGAGACCAUAACACGUAGGAGAAUGAAUAAAGAUGGACUUAAAGGUAAAGUUACAAGAGACUGAGAUCCCGAGACUGACAGCCCUGGGAAAGAAGGAGUGAAAGUCAGGAGAGACUUCUUAAAGACUGAGACAGGGAUAGGAGAACUCAUCAGAGAGAAGCUACUCUUCUUCCGAAUACACACACACGGACACACUUCUGCAAGAGACUGAAAGUACAAAACGUAGCCUACAGCUGCCGAGCAGCGGCAGAGUUGCAGCUAGGGGGGCCCGGGGAAAAGGAGGGCGGGGAGGGAGAGAAGGAAGAAGGGAGACCUCGGCCGAGGAACGGGAGGAGGGGAGGGGCGCGGAAAGCGGGGAGCGGCGGGCUCUAGGCCGGCCUCGGAGGCGGCCCUUGGAGGCGCUGGGCGGAACUGGGCGGGCCGCCGGGGUUCCCAGCACCUGGGUGAGGUCUUGGCCGCCCCGCCCCCCACCCUGCACUUCCUUGUGUGACUGUACCCGGAGCUAGAGGCGACCGGAGCGGCGGAGUCCCGGCCCCGGAACCGAGCAAGAGAGGGAGCUACCCCACCCCCAGAACGGAGAGCGCUGAGAGCCUGGGGGUUGUGCGACUGCCCUGGAAGCAAGACACCGAUCCCCCCCAGAGCCUUCUCUCCACCCCCGGAACUAAAGAGAGACUCUCCACCCCCAACCCUCCUCCAUCCACUCCCGCGUAGUCCUAGACUGUGAGAAGACCGUGAGAACAGACUGCAGAGACUCUCCAAACCCGAGACCACCAUCCGCCCCAGAGCAAAGAGCUCUCUCAGACCCCUCGACCCGGCUAACCUGGGAUAGAAACCUCGCAGGCGAGGAAGGCUACCCGGAUUGGAGAGAUCCCUGACCCGAGGGAGAGUACCCCGCUUUUCUGGCCACCGGAAGGAUUGGGGGCCUUUUUAUUGCUGGUCUAUGAUUUUACUUCAAGAUUAGAAACCUCAUCUUUGUCACCAAGUGUGUAACCAGUGUGAUCAGCCAUGGCCCCAUUCCUGCGCAUUUCCUUCAACUCCUAUGAGCUUGGAUCUCUGCAGACUCCUGAGGACAACUGUCAACCUUUCUGUGCUGUCAAGAUGAAAGAAUCACUGACAACAGAAAGAGGGAAGACCCUGGUCCAGAAGAAGCCCACCAUGUACCCAGAGUGGUCCUCGACGUUUGAUGCCCACAUCUAUGAGGGACGAGUCAUCCAGAUUGUCCUGAUGAAGGCAGCUGAGGAGCCCCUCUCGGAGGUGACUGUGGGGGUGUCUGUCCUGGCCGAGAGGUGCAAGAAGAACAGUGGCAAAGCAGAAUUCUGGCUGGACCUACAACCUCAGGCCAAAGUGCUCAUGUCUGUCCAGUAUUUCUUGGAAGAUACAGAUUGCAAGCAGUCCUUGAGGAUGGAGGAUGAGAGCAAAUUCCCCACCAUGAACCGGCGGGGAGCCAUCAAGCAGGCCAAGAUCCAUUAUAUCAAGAACCACGAGUUCAUCGCCACCUUCUUUGGCCAGCCCACCUUCUGCUCAGUCUGCAAGGACUUUGUCUGGGGCCUUAACAAGCAAGGCUACAAAUGCAGACAAUGUAACGCAGCGAUCCACAAGAAAUGCAUCGACAAGAUCAUCGGCCGGUGCACGGGCACAGCGGCCAAUAGCAGAGAUACCAUGUUCCAGAAGGAGCGUUUCAACAUAGACAUGCCGCAUCGCUUCAAGGUGUACAAUUACAUGAGCCCCACCUUCUGCGACCACUGUGGGAGCCUGCUCUGGGGACUAGUGAAGCAGGGUUUAAAGUGUGAAGACUGUGGGAUGAAUGUGCAUCAUAAGUGUCAGAAUAAAGUGGCCAAUUUAUGUGGCAUCAACCAGAAGCUGUUAGCCGAAGCAUUAAACCAAGUCAGCCAGAAAUCUUCCCGGAAAUCAGACACAGGGUCUGUGGAGAACUUUGGCAUCUACCAGGGCUUUGAGAAGAAAGCCGGGUCUUCUGGGGAAGAUACAACAGAUAAUGAGACCUAUGGCAAGAUCUGGGAAGGCAGCACACCCUCCAAGUUCAACAUCGACAACUUCACAUUCCACAAAGUCCUGGGCAAAGGCAGCUUUGGGAAGGUGCUGCUGGCUGAACUGAAGGGCAAGGCUGAGUUCUUUGCAGUAAAGGCAUUGAAGAAAGAUGUUGUUCUGAUAGAUGAUGAUGUGGAGUGCACCAUGGUGGAGAAGCGAGUGCUGGCACUUGCCUGGGAGAACCCAUUCCUGACUCACCUCUACUGUACCUUCCAAACCAAGGAUCACCUGUUCUUUGUGAUGGAGUUCCUCAAUGGAGGGGACCUGAUGUUUCAUAUCCAGGAUAAGGGACGCUUUGACCUAUAUCGAGCCACGUUUUACAGUGCCGAGAUCCUGUGUGGUUUACAGUUCCUGCACAGCAAAGGCAUCAUUUACAGGGAUCUCAAAUUGGACAACGUGAUGCUGGAUAAAGAAGGCCACAUCAAGAUAGCUGAUUUUGGAAUGUGCAAGGAGAAUGUGGUUGGAGAGAACAGGGCCAGCACCUUCUGUGGUACACCAGACUACAUCGCCCCUGAGAUCUUGCAGGGCUUGAAGUAUACAUUCUCAGUGGACUGGUGGUCCUUCGGUGUCCUCCUGUAUGAGAUGCUCAUUGGACAGUCCCCCUUCCACGGGGAUGAUGAGGAUGAGCUCUUUGAGUCCAUCCGUGUGGACACUCCUCACUACCCCCGGUGGAUCACCAAGGAGUCAAAAGACAUCCUGGAAAAGCUGUUUGAAAGGGAUCCCACCAAGAGACUGGGGGUGACAGGUAACAUUAAAGUCCACCCGUUCUUCAAGACCAUCAACUGGACUCUUCUGGAGAAGCGGGAGGUAGAGCCACCAUUUAAGCCCAAAGUGAAAUCAGCUGGUGACUACAACAAUUUUGACCGUGAAUUCCUAAGCGAGAAGGCCCGCCUGUCCUUCAGUGACAAGAACCUCAUCGAUUCCAUGGACCAGACAGCCUUUGCAGGCUUCUCCUUUGUCAAUCCCAAAUUUGAGCGACUCCUGGAAAAAUGAAUAUUCUAUUGAACCAUCUGCCCUUUUGGUCAAGAGCCUACCAGUGCUAGCUAGCUAUGUCUAUCAGUCCCCCAGGGUGAGCAGGGCGAUGAUCUCUCCUGGCCCUCUCCCAGUCCUCUCCUGGGCCCCAAUAAUAUGCAACAAUGUGAUUGCAUUAUUUUUCCAGCUGCCUCCAUGCCCAUAGGCAGCAGGUCUUUUGCACGGUUGGGGUUUUAGGUACCUUCCUCUGUGAAUCAUGUGUGAAUUUUCUGCUCCUCUGAUUGAGGAGGGAGAGUGUAAAUCCCAUGUUUUGUUACUUGAAUGUAGUUAUCUAUUGAAAAUAUAUAUUAUAUAUAUAUGAAAAGCUGUAUAUAUUGCUCCAUAAGAAGAAACAUGUAAGGGAACUGGUGAUGUAUUAACUUUUUUAUAAAAACACACGAAUGAAAUCCAAACAUAAACUAUAAGUCCUCUUGGUUCUUUUAUUUAUGUCUCCAAUAAAUCAGUGGAAUGGUC